AUGGCUGAUUCAAGUCCAGAUGAAACAAAUGAUGGAGGUAUGCAGUUAUGUGAUGGGAUUAUGGGCAUUAUUCAGCCUGCUGUGGAACGCUUAGAUAAUCAAGUCCAUGCAGCUCGUGUCAGUCAAUAUAACUUGAGUACACAUAUACGGGAGCUUGCGCAGUGUCUGAAAGAUAUUUCGGAUGAUCAUGAAGCACCAUACGACUUAAAUAUGUAUAUUCGAAAAUUAGAGGACUCUAAAAAACGGAUCACCGUUACUGGAAAUCUUUUGCAAAAUGUGCAUGAUCGACUUGGUCGUUUGCAGAGAAAUAUCGCUCGUGAGGCGUACCAACAAAGGCAACGCAUCAUACAGCCAACGCCACCACCACCAGAUCGGUGA